AUGGCUACAGACACCGACCAUCACCCUUCACGAACUUCCACAAUCAUGUCUGAAAAACAUCUAUCCUCUAGUUCUUACAUUACUCCUCCUUCACCGAAACGAAGGCCAGUUCGAGCACAGAGCACCAGAACAAGCAACGGCACAGUUAGUACAAACAUGAGUUACAGUAGCAGCAUGGGAAGAUUGUCUGAAACCACCAAUAUCACACAACCACCCUCAUAUUCCAAGAAAUUCGUGGUAGUCGGAGAUGGAGGAUGCGGCAAGACUUGUCUCUUGAUAAGCUAUGCGCAAGGAUAUUUUCCUGAGAAAUAUGUACCAACGGUUUUUGAAAACUACAUUACUCAGACUACACACAAGCAAUCAGGAAAGACCGUUGAGCUCGCACUGUGGGAUACAGCUGGACAGGAAGAAUAUGAUCGCCUCAGACCAUUGUCGUACCCAGAGACUGAUCUUCUAUUUGUCUGCUUUGCAAUCGACUGUCCUAAUUCCUUGGAAAAUUGGUAUCCUGAGGUCCUCCAUUUCUGUCCUACGACUCCUCUCAUUCUCGUGGGUUUGAAGUCCGACUUGCGCACCAAGCGAACAUGUAUCGAACUACUUCGUACCCAAGGCCUUACCCCAGUCACACCAGAGCAAGGUGCAUCAGUCGCGAAACAAAUGGGAGCUGCGUACAUCGAGUGCAGCGCAAAAGAAUCUAGAGGCAUUCAAGAGGUGUUUGAUUUGGCCAUACACACUGCCAUUCAAGUUGAAGAGGAGAGUUACGAGACAAAGCCAAAUCCCAAGGGAGUCAAAGUCAAAAAAGCGAAGAAGCGAGGUUGUGUCUUUCUAUGA